ACUCGGUGGUGUAUUUCAGCGGCGGCGGCGGCUUGGCAAGGCUCGGGGCUCCUCCCCCCGUGUGGUGUUACCCUCUCACUUGAUCAAAUCCUUGAACGUGAACAGUUUCACUGAAAAGCACUUUUCAAAAAAAAAAAAAAAAAAAAUCCACCAACAGUAAGGAACAGAAUCCAACUACCGGGGAGAGAGUUUUUUUUCUUUUUUCCUUCUUUUUUUCCUUUUUUUUUUUUUCCUGGUCAUCGUCUCAGAGGCUGAGAAAGGGGGAAGAGAAAGAAGGAGAGCGCGAGAAAGAGGAGCCUUUUGCGAAUAAUAAUUAUUAUAAUUAGAAUCCGGCCCCUUUCUCCUUAAAAAAAAAAAAAGCGCCCUAAACGCAGCGCCUCGUCCCCCCUCCCUCUCCAAGCCCCCCGACUCGCUCCGCAAAGGCAUGGAGAAGGGGACUAACUGCUUUCCGACCUGCCACACCGUUUUUCUCGCCUGGACAUGGCUCUUACUUCUCUGUUGGUGUUGCACCGGCGCCGAAAUAACUUGCAGACCCUGCUCGUCUCCAUCGCCCUCCUGGCCGUCCUCCUCGUCUCGCCUUAGGCAGGAGCAGCGACAGCCACCGCCGCUGCCGGGAGGAUUACGGAGCUGGCCGGGCGGCCGAACGCGGGGCUCGGCCGGGGCGGCGGCCGCCGCGGAGCCGCUGCCGGGCGGGGAGCCGGGGGGCCGUGCGGGGCCGCGGGGAGCGACGCUCCGUUCGGCGGGGGCGGGCGGCGGCGCGCCCGGGGGCCGGGGCCCGGCGGCAGCGCGGAGCCGGAGGAGCAGCGAGGGGCGGCGGGCGCUGCCGGCGGGCGGCGGCCGGGGGUUGCCCGCGGCCGAGGGGCAGCGCGGCGGCGGCCGGGCUCAGCCCCGCGGGCCGCCGGAAGAGGGGAGAGCGCCGCGGCUGCGAGGGGCAGAGGAGCUGAGGCUGAGCAGCACCACCUUCGCGCUCACGGGGGAUGCGGCGCACAACCAAGCCAUGGUGCACUGGUCCGGGCACAACAGCAGCGUGAUUCUCAUUCUGACAAAGCUGUAUGACUUCAACUUGGGAAGUGUUACGGAGAGCUCACUGUGGAGGUCAACAGACUAUGGGACUACCUAUGAAAAGCUAAAUGACAAAGUAGGCCUGAAGACUGUGCUGAGCUACCUUUACGUCAGUCCCACUAACAAGAGGAAGAUCAUGCUUCUUAGUGAUCCAGAGAUCGAGAGCAGCAUCCUCAUCAGCUCUGAUGAAGGGGCUACCUACCAGAAGUACCGUCUGAACUUCUAUAUCCAGAGCUUGCUCUUCCACCCCAAGCAGGAGGAGUGGAUCUUGGCCUACAGUCUGGAUCAAAAGCUGUACAGCUCCAUGGACUUCGGAAGAAAAUGGCAGCUCAUGCAUGAGCAGGUCACUCCAAACAGGUUUUACUGGUCGGUGACUGGUUUGGAUAAAGAACCUGACCUUGUGCACAUGGAAGCCCAGACAGCUGAUGGACACACCCACUAUUUGACCUGUCGGAUCCAGGAGUGCUCGGAGACCAAAAGGAGUGGGCCAUUUUCGCGCUCCAUUGACAUCAGCUCCCUUGUUGUUCAGGAUGAAUAUAUCUUCAUCCAGGUGACAGCUGGUGGAAGAGCAAACUACUAUGUGUCGUACAGACGGGAGCCUUUUGCACAGAUUAAAUUGCCCAAAUACUCUCUUCCUAAGGACAUGCAUAUUAUCAGCACAGAUGAGAAUCAGGUGUUUGCAGCUGUUCAAGAGUGGAACCAGAACGAUACGUACAACCUGUAUAUCUCGGACACCCGAGGGGUGUACUUCACCCUGGCCUUGGAAAACGUGAAAAGCAGUCGAGGACUGGAGGGGAAUAUCAUCAUUGACCUUUAUGAGGUAGCAGGGAUCAAAGGCAUAUUCCUGGCUAACAGGAAGAUAGAUGACCAAAUCAAGACUUUCAUUACCUACAACAAGGGCAGAGACUGGCGUUUGCUGCAGGCUCCGGACACUGAUCUAAGAGGGGAUCCUGUAGUUUGCCAGAUGCCCUUUUGCUCAUUGCACUUACAUCUGCAACUCUCAGCAAAUCCAUACACUUCAGGAAGCAUUUCCAGCAAAGAGACAGCUCCUGGGCUGCUGGUGGCAACAGGCAAUAUUGGCUCUGAGCUUUCCUACACUGAUGUUGGCGUGUUCAUCUCUUCUGAUGGUGGAAAUUCCUGGAGGCAGAUCUUCGAGGAGGAAUACAAUGUGUGGUUUCUGGACUGGGGAGGGGCGCUAGUGGCCAUGAAGCACACGUCAGUGCCCAUCCGGCACAUGUGGGUGAGUUUUGAUGAAGGAAGAUCCUGGAGUAAAUACAGUUUCACAUCAACACCACUUUUUGUGGAUGGAUCCCUUGUGGACCCUGGUAUAGAGACCCAGAUAAUGACAGUUUUUGGGCACUUCAGUCUCCGUUCUGAAUGGCAGCUGGUCAAAGUGGACUACAAGUCUCUCUUCAGUCGAAGGUGUAACAAAGAUGACUACCAAACCUGGCAUCUGCACAAUCAGGGGGAGCCUUGUGUCAUGGGAGAGAGGAAGAUCUAUAAAAAACGCAAGCCUGGAGCCCAGUGCUCCCUAGGUCGGGACUAUUCCCAAAGUGUGGUGUCUGAACCAUGUGUCUGCGGUCAAGGGGACUUUGAGUGUGACUAUGGGUAUGAGAGGCACAGCAACAACCAGUGUGUCCCAGCCUUCUGGUUCAGCCCGUCCUCCCUGUCCAAGGAUUGCAGCAUCGGUCAGAACUACUUGAACAGCACUGGGUACCGAAGGAUUGUGUCUAACAACUGCACAGAUGGCUUGAGAGAGAGGUACAUGGCCAAGAUGGAGAAAUGCCCUGGAAAAGCACCCCGAGGACUGCACAUCCUCACUACUGACGGAAAAUUGGUCACGGAGCAGGGACACAACGCCACCUUCAUCAUCCUUAUGGAAGAGGGUGAUCUCCAAAGGACAAACAUUCAGCUUGAUUUUGGAGACGGCAUUGCAGUAUCCUAUGCUAAUUUCAGCCCUGUUGAGGAUGGCAUCCGCCACGUGUAUAAGAGUGCUGGAAUCUUUCAGGUGACAGCAUAUGCAGAGAACAGCCUGGGCUCUGACACUGCUGUCCUCUUCCUGCAUGUGGUCUGUCCAGUGGAGCACGUCCAUCUGAGUGUCCCCUUUGUUGCUAUCAGAAACAAAGACGUCAACAUUACUGCAGUAGUUUGGCCCAGCCAGGCAGGCACACUUACCUACUUCUGGUGGUUUGGUAACAGCACCAAGCCCCUCAUCACCCUGGAGAGCAGCAUCUCGUACACCUUCGCUGUGGAGGGGAUGAACACCGUCACUGUGCAGGUUGCUGCGGGCAGUACCCUCAUCCAGGACACCAAGGAGGUCGCAGUGCACGAGUAUUUCCAAUCUCAGCUCCUCUCGUUUUCUCCCAACUUGGACUACCAUAACCCUGACAUCCCUGAAUGGAGACAAGACAUUGGCAAAGUCAUCAAGAGAGCUCUAGCGCAGGUGACCGGUAUCCCUGAUGAACAGAUCUUGGUAGCUGUAUUUCCUGGGCUUCCUACUUCUGCUGAACUCUUCAUACUGCCCCAUAAAAACACAACAGAGAGGAGGAAAAGCAGUGAGGCUGAUCUGGAGCAAGUGGUAGAAAUCCUGUUUAAUGCUCUCAACCAGAACCUGGUCCAGUUUGAACUGAAGCCCGGUGUUGAAGUCAUUGUGUAUGUUACUCAGUUAACAUUAGCACCCCUUGUCGACUCCAGCACGGGUCACAGCAGUUCAGCAAUGCUGAUGUUGUUGUCUGUGGUGUUUGUAGGCUUGGCUGUCUUUUUAAUCUACAAAUUCAAGAGGAAAAUCCCUUGGAUUAACAUCUAUGCCCAAGUUCAGCAUGACAAGGAGCAGGAAAUGAUUGGCUCUGUCAGCCAAAGUGAAAACGCCCCCAAAAUCACUCUAAGCGAGUUCACGGACCCUGAGGAGCUGAUGGACAAAGAGCUGGACACACGAGUGAUGGGAAGCAUCUCAACAAUUGCCAACAGUGAAAGCACAAAGGAAAUCCCCAACUGCACUAGUGUUUAAUACUGAGAAUCCACUUGGUCUACAACAUUUCUGACUUUUUAUUUGUAAUUAUUAUUGUUAUAAUUAUUAUUAUUAUGAAAAAGAAAGAGUUAUAUGUCAUUAUUAUCAUUUGGGAGGGGAUGGGGUGGGCUUUUUCUGUUUACCAGGGCUGCAUUCAUAAAUAGCAGGAGUUAUUCAUAUUUAGGAAACACUCAUCAGAUUAGAAAGAAAAAACAAAGAAUGAGUCAAGUGUGCAAUGGGAUCUGAAUGCCAGCCUCCUGUUAAAUAUAGAAUGGGAAUUAAGUAUUCAAAACCAACAGGUAGGUGUAGUACCUUAGGCAACAUGUUGUAAGUAAAUUGUCCCUUUUCAGCCCUUUUCAAAAGAAGUCAUGGAUCAGCUAUUUCAUCUUGCCAGAGGGCUCAGGCUGGAUUGUUGGACCAGGCUCUGCAACACGCCAACAGCCCUCGCUUCCCAAUGACAUGCAUGUCUCAGCUUUUUACAGGAUCUUGCCUCUUUUAAUUGCUUUUAAUUUCAGUCACCCUCUGGCACUGUUGACUGCUGAGAAAGGGGAAAAAAAAAAUCGGAGCAAACACACUCGUCAGUGUUCCUUGGACUGUAGAUUGGCUGGAGGGGACAGCACCAGGAGCAAGGAAGGAGCAUGCCUGAGUUUAUGAAUGCAGCCCAAACCCCGUGCAUGUGAAUAGCGAGGAUGCCGAAGGCCUACUGUAGAUAAUUAAAAUGUACAUAGCUUUUUAUUUCUUGGGAAAUAAUUUAAUGUUUAGUAAAAAAAGAUAUGUUUAAAACAAAACCUGAACCACAUACAGACACACACGCACGCGCAUGCACACACACACACACACACGUGCGCGCGCUCGUACACGCCAGCCAACCCGGGACCGUGGUGAGCACCUGAAUCACGCCUUGAUUCCAAGUGUGUUCCAGUUGUCUGUCAAAUUUCAAUCUGGCACUCUGUGUAUAACUGCAAGCCUUUUUUUUUAAUAUACAUACAUAGUAUCAUUUCCUAUGAUGGAGCAGAAGAAGAUAUUAGCAAGACAGCCUAUGAGCCUGUCAUGAAUAUUCUAGUGAUGUUCAUCAUCUAUUCACUUCUGUCACUGUUGUCCACUUCUAAGAAGGAUCUCGGUGACAUCCAUCAGGGAAAAUGAGGAAAACAAAUGCAAAAUUAUCACCAUCUCAGUGUGGGCAAAUAUCAGUGUGCUUGCAGUACCCAGUAUAACCUCAACUCAACACUGGGCCAGGUUGCAGUAGAAUCAUAGAAUCGUUUAGGUUGGAAAAGACCUUUAAGAUCAUAGAGUCCAACCGUUAACCUAGCACUGCCAAGUCCAUUGUUCCCAGUGAGAAGUCAUGCUCUUACCAGCUGGUGAAGUAAAGUGCUAUUCAGGAUGUGUAAGGGUAGUAAAUUUUGGCUGAACAUGAUGCAUGUGGUUAAGGACUGCUCUUUGGAGAGGGGGAUGCAUGGUCAGACCUGCUUUACUGAGCUAGGAAAGGUCUUUUUUACAAGUCUUGCAGAAUGGCUGCUUCCAAUUUUGGAUAGAAAUGCCAUCACAGUAAUUUCUGCAUGGGGGUUGGUGCUUUCUGAUUAGAACAGGGAUGUUAACGAAGAAAAGGUAGUGAAAAAGCUCUUUAGGAAAAAUUUAGCACACGGAGUGGAGGGAUAGCCCUCAGGAGUGGUGGAGUUUUGGGUCAGGAGGUUGACCUUAGUGGUGAGUUACUUUUAUCCAUUUUUCUUGAGUUGGUGAUAUUAAAAAUGGGCGUUACUCUGCAGAGUGUUGAGUUACAAGAUCCAGCAGGAGUGGAAGGAAGAUUGGAGGUACGUUUGGGAAGAUGUUCUAGUGCUCACAGAAUAGCAGAGAGUGAGGCCAGGUGACAAUGUUUGUUGCCAUUUUUUAGGAUCUGGAUACAGGACUCUGCAUCACCUUUAAUAUAUCUGGGCUGAAAUGAGGAGAUGGCUGGAAUUUCAGCGUUACUUGCUACGUCUCCACAUUGCAUCAUGCCAGUUGGCUACAAACCAGCCUCAGCUACAUGUGUUCACUCUGUUAAUGGGCUGGAAUGUCUUUCAAAGGUUAUAAUCCUGAUGGAUCUGCAGGUGGAGAGAAAAGUGGUUAAACACAGUUUUGCAGAACAACACAGGAGGUAUUUCAAGAUUAAAAUUGUAAAGCCAAAAUGUAGGGAAAUACUUUUUUGUGUGAAGUACUAAAGCUAAAUAUUCUCAAUUCUUCUUCUCCUCCAUUUCAGUCAGGCUUGUGAGCCUUUUCUGUUGAUUUAAAAAUAAUUCUUUUCUCUUUCCUCCCUCACUUUUCUGCCCUAGUUCCUAAUAUAAGCUGGAGAGUGAUGGCGGUGUUGUUCUAUUUUACCGUGAGUUUCCAUCCAUCACAUGUGCAUAAACUGUUGCAUUACUGUCCCUGUUCUACUGAAACACCAAAGUAGUUUACAGUAAUGGCCCAGUCUGGUGAUAACACUGUUAGCACAAGGCCAUAGCUUCUCAUUUAGGUAUAGAUGGGAGGGAUGUACAUAAACAAUGGUCCUGUGGGCCUUGAGCUAAAGUGAGGGCUGAUCUCAGUCUUUGCUGGUCAUUAGGAUUUGAGGGACUGCUUUUGUGAGCUGCCGCAGAGGACUGAAUGUGAAACACUCAUUAUCUUUUGUAUUAACUUUUUCUUUUGUUAAACCAGGAAAUUAAGUGAAAAUGCUCAUUGGUGUUUGGAGUUUUGUAGUUUUUUUACGGGAUUGAUCUCAUGUUGAUUUAAAAAGAAGGGCAGGGGAUUACAGUUUUCACAAUUUCUUUUCAAAAAUUUUUACAGUAUUUUUACAAUUUUUCCCUUUACACUCUUAAAGAUGGCUGUUAAAUAUCUCAUAACAGAUGGGAGGAAGCAAGGAGGAAAAAUUGGGAGUAAGCUGCUGAAAAAAAUGGAAACAUUUUCACUUCUCAAAAAGAAAUUUAACCUCGAUGAAGGCUGAGAAGUUUCUGAAUGACACAGUUAAUUUUUGGAGAAACAUCUGUCCAGAAAGCCAUUUUCAAUCCAAAAUUAUCCUAAAGGCACUACAAAGCAAACAAAAAGAGAUCCAUGGAGACAAAAUUAAAUGUCAAAAAAACCCUGCCUGCUUCUUCAGUUGGCUCAAACUUCAUGUUCCACGGGAGCUGGUGGGUCUCACUGCCUCUCGGGGUAGUUUGUCACACUGCUCUCUGGAGCAGAAGGUGUUCCAUGCGCAUCAGGGAAGAGCGUCCUAGGAUGUACAUGGGACCAGAUUUCCCAGAUUAUUCCUGACACAUUAGGGCACAGCCAUGGCUGAUGGCAGCUGAAAAAAGGUUGUGUUCAUGACUGAAAGCUGCUCCUUUAGGAUACUAGAAGGGUGACUACAGCGUCCCAGUGGAUAUCCAGGGCUGUAUCUAUCCAUGGGACCUCCGUAAGGUUUGGAUUGGGUAACCAGCAUUGUCCACCCUUUUUGGAAGGUACUGAGCUGCGGUGUUAGCACAGACUGGAGUAUUGGCCACUUUUAUUUGUGUCUGUCAGGCUGGGAAAUAACAACUUGGGGACGUCAUUAGGGUUUUUUUUCCCCUGCAAGUUUUACCCUUAAGGAAAAUGUAAUGGAAAUCCUUGAAGAUGUAGGUUAUUAUUUAACUGAGUAAGGAGGGAAAGAGCCAAUGCCAUGAGUAGAAUGUAAAUAGCUUCCAUGCUGUAGGUAUGUAUAAAGAGGAAGAGAAAAAGAGAGAGAGCAAGAGACAGGGUCAGUGCCCUCUGUCACUGCCAGCCUUUCCCCAUGAUGGAUUCUGCUGUAUCAGCUGUAAUUUAGGAAUAACGCAUGAGGCCUGGAGACUAGGUGCAGCUUUUGGCUGUGUAUUGCUGUCAAUCUGAUGUAAACACCCAGUAGUUCCUCUGCUUAGUUUAACCUGUGCUUGAGAACCCCAACACUAAGCCCGGAAGGUUCGGAGAUGAGGUUUAGCGCGACUGGGGACUGCAGUGUAUUUCAGUUACAGUUACCAUCAAUAAGAGCAUGUGCAGGAGAGUGUGCGUUUUCUUCUGGACUAAGCCUUGGUUUCAGGGUUGUGGAAAGAUGUCCUGUUCUCCUCCCUUUCCCUUCAGUCAGUUCCCACACACAUUCCAGGUCUGAGAAACUAAACCAGAAUCCUCACAUUCCUUCUGAUGAUGUCGGACAGUGCAUUAAACCCAAACCACCACCAUGGUUUUAAAGGAUUAAAUGAGGCAGACAAUUGCAAUACCCGUAUUAAACACAGUAAUACAAAUGCAUGAGUCAUAUAUAUACAUAUAUAUAUACUGUUCUUGGUUUUAUUGUUCCAUUUGAAUAUUUCUACUGUAAAAA